UGUUGGUGUUGCGAAUGUAAAUGCUGAAACAAACGAUCAUGCGUCAAAAAUAUCGGACACCGAUUCUGCUCCAGUGACACUCGUGACUGAUUCUUCAUUGAUGGUAUUAGCACAUAAAUCAACGAAAGUGAUUCUUGCAAUUGUCAUUGAUUUGACUUAAACAAACUCUCAAAAGAUCGACUGGGUACCAGUUGCUGAUCAAACUUGCUACUUCACACCAUCUAUUUAUGAAAUUGUAACAUUUGCCCUUGGAACUCAUUAGAUGGUACCAUCUUCUGGUUAAAUGGAAUCACCUGCUCAUGGAACACUGCUGAAUCUUGCUGAAAUUGACAGGAAUGUAUCACUUGCUGCUGACCAUCCUGAUCUUGUUCUGCUGAUGACUGCCACUCCUCGAGUUGUGUUGGUUGUAUCGGCAAUUGGUUUUCUACUAAUCCCUGCAACUGUGUUGUCUUUCUUUGAGCAUGUUGAUCCAUCAGUAGCACAAUCGGUUGAUAACAUACUAAGGAUGAUUGGUUUCCCACUGCCGAUUGUUGCACUUGCUGACAUUCUAACGUUGACUGCUGCAACUUUAUCAUUGAUUCCUCAACUUGCCGAGGCAUUCUUGAUGACGUUUGCAACUCUUGGAGUGGCGCCCGUAAUCGCCGCAUCCAUUCAGACUCUACCAAUAAUAAUUGUUGCAUUGAUUGCACUUGGGAUCGUUGAAUCUGCUGAAGUCGCACCAAUGACUGUUGUGCCUGUAACAAUGGCUGUAUCGAUAUCUCAUUCAUUCACGUUGCUAUCUGAUCGGUUGGUCGAGACUCUGUUUAUGACGGCUGUGACUGUGCUAUAUACGAAGACCAUGUUGGUGAGGACUGAGUCGGCGCCAAUGAUAACUGAACCUCUGUGGACUCUAUCCAUUGUUGAAGUUGCAACUGCGUCUGAGACUGGACUGACUGUAAAAUCUCAUGAACCGAUUGAGGGUGGAUCUUUACCGAUGAUUGAUGUUGAGCCGAUUCAAAAGACAGAGUCAGCUGCUGGGACUGUAAUGGCAUAA